AUGUACUGUAUGCGGUGGUGGAUUCCGAUCUUUUUGCUGCCGUUUCCGGCAGCGCCGCCGGCGUUUGUGCUCUUGUUUCUGCUUUGCUAUACACUGUAUACGCGUCCAUGUGUGUACUGCGGCGCGAUUGUGCUCGGACUCGUGCUUAGCUCCUGCUACUUUACGACACCGUACGAACCGGCAUCGCUGAGUGUGCCGGCGUCUUGGAUGCAUACGCGCAUCGGCUUUGGGCUAUCGCGCUUUGUUGACUGGCUAGUGUCGCCAGCAUCCAAAGGCGCGCCUCAUGUGAUCGAGCCACACGCUGGGUGCUCGUCGUGCUUUGCCACGCUGAACUGGACACACUUUUUUACGCCGCUGGCCCGGCGCCCCUAUUGUGAGACGGGCGCCGUAUACCCACAGCCACGCACGUCUUUGACACAGUUUAUCGGUGUGCCAGGGACCGCAUUAGGCUUUGAACUGGAUUGGAGUCUAUUCAUUUCGUAG